AGAGGUCUCCCACACCCCGGAUUCCUGGUUUUCUUCAGGAGACACACUGAGUGCAGACUCACUUCCUUUCUUUUCCUGACUUUGAACCACCGUUUCCAUCGUCUCGUAGUCGACACGUGACGGCUGGGGCGAUGGACCCGUUUACGGAGAAACUGCUUGAACGAACCCGUGCCAGGCGAGAGAAUCUUCAGAGAAAAAUGGCUGAAAGACCCACAGCAGCAGCAAGGUCUGGGACACAAGCUAAACGGGCCAGAGAGCCGCUUUCGGAAGCUCGUAACCAGCAGCCUCUGUCUGGUGGUGAAGAAAAAUCUUGUUCUAAACCAUCACCAUCAAAAAAACGCUGUUCCGACAGCACUGAAGGUAGAGUUUCUAACCUGGAAAAUAGAGAACCUGUUGAGUCAGAGCCUGCAGUUUCUUCUCCCAGCCCUGUGUCUCCUCACCCAGCUCCACAAGCACCGGUUGAUGUCAGUGAGAAUGUGGCUCCCUCUUCUGCACUGCUGGGGGUGAGGAGAGGGCUAAACUCAAAGCUGGAUGCCACUGCCAGCUCUUCAGUUAAAACACGGAUGCAAAAACUUGCAGAACAGCGGCGCCACUGGGACAAUAACGACAUGACAGAUGAUGUCCCUGAAAGCUCACUCUUCACACCAGUGCCAUCAGAGGAAAAGGCUGCCUCCCCUCCUAAGCCUCCCCUUCCAGACACCUCAGCAACCCCAGUGGGGAGAAGGGGCCGUCUGGCCAACCUUGCUGCAACUAUUUGCUCCUGGGAAGAUGAUGUAAAUUACUCAUCUGCGAAACAAAACAAUGUACAAGAACAGCCUGGUACCACUUGUUUAUCCAAAUUUUCCUCUGCAAGUGGAGCAUCUGUUAGGAUCAAUAGCAGCAGUGUUAAGCAGGAAGCUACAUGCUGUUCCCAAAGGGAUGGCGAUGCUUCUUUGCAUAAAGUCCCAUCCUCUGUUGCUCCUGAUGCAUCUUUGGCUAAUGCCUCAGUUUCUAGCUCUGUGGUAGCUGCUUCAUCCCCAGUGAAAUCUUCGGUUAUACCUAUUACCAAUGCUAAAACUUAUGAGGUACAAAAUCCUGAGCUACUUCAAAAAACUCCUGUUAGUCCUCUGAAAACAGAGACAUCAAAACCAACUUUGAAGUCGACUGUAUCCCAAAUAGUUCCAUCCAAAGAAGAACCAAAUAGAGAAACCUGUCUACAGUCUCAAUCUAAAGACAAAUCUACAACACCAGGAGGAGGAGGAGGAAUUAAGCCUUUCCUGGAACGCUUUGGAGAGCGUUGUCAGGAACACAGCAAAGAAAGUCCAGCUCGUAGCACACCCCACAGAACCCCCAUUAUCACUCCAAAUACAAAGGCCAUCCAAGAGAGAUUAUUUAAGCAAAAUGCAUGCUCAUCUACUACCCAUUUAGCGCAACAGCUCAAACAGGAAAGAGAGAAAGAACUGGCAUGUCUUCGUGGCCGAUUUGACAAGGGCAAUUUAUGGAGUGCAGAAAAAGGCAAAAACUCAGGAAGCAAACAACCAGAAACCAAACAGGAAAUAUCCUGUCAAAACACUCCCCUCAGGAAACAUCAAGUUGUUUCAGAUACCCCGUCACUUCCAGUAACAGAAAAGGUAACAGAAAAUCAGACACCAGAGAAAACUUCCAAUACAGAAUCUACAGGUUUCACUGAAAGCAAAAUGACGAAGUCUAGCCCUUUGAAAAUAACAUUGUUUUUAGAAGAGGAGAAGUCCUUAAAAGUAAUAUCAGAUCCAAAGAUUGAGCAUCAGACUGAAGUGGUACGUGAAGUUGAGAUGAAUGUGGAUGAUGAUGAUAUCAAUAGUUCAAAAGUAAUUAAUGACAUCUUCAGUGAUGUCCUAGAAGAAGGUGAACUAGAUGUGGAAAAGAGCCAAGAGGAGAUGGAUCAAGAGGAAGCAGAACAGGAAGAUGCAUUAAAUAUCUCCUCAAUGUCUCUACUUGCUCCAUUAGCACAGACAGUUGGUGUGGUAAGUUCUGAGGGUUUAGUCUCCUCGCCUAGAUUGGAACUGAAAGGUACUAGCAUAAGUGAUGAAAGUCCAAAACCAGGAAAAUUCCAAAGAACCCGUGUCCCUCGAGCUGAGUCUGGCGAUAGCAUUGGCUCUGAGGAUCGUGAUCUCCUUUACAGCAUUGAUGCAUAUAGAUCUCAGAGAUUCAAAGAAACAGAACGUCCUUCAAUAAAGCAGGUGAUUGUUCGGAAAGAAGAUACUGCUUCAAGAUUAGAUGAAAAAAAGGAUGCCUUUCCUUGUCAAGUUAAUAUCAAACAAAAAAUGCAGGAACUCAAUAAUGAGAUAAAUUUGCAGCAGACAGUGAUCUAUCAAGCUAGCCAAGCUCUUAACUGCUGUGUGGAUGAAGAACAUGGAAAAGGGUCACUAGAAGAAGCGGAAGCAGAAAGACUUCUUCUGAUUGCAACUGAGAAGAGAAUACUUUUGAUUGAUGAGUUGAAUAAAUUGAAGAAUGAAGGGCCUCAGAGGAAGAACAAGGCUGGUCCCAAAUCCCAAAAUGAAUUUGUCCCAUCCAAAGGAUCAGUUACUUUGUCAGAGAUCCGCUUGCCUCUAAAAGCAGAUUUUGUGUGCAGUACCUCUCAGAAACCAGAUGCAGCAAAUUACUAUUACUUAAUUAUACUAAAAGCAGGAGCUGAAAAUAUGGUAGCCACACCAUUAGCAAGUAUGUCAAACUCUCUCAAUGGUGAUGCUCUGACUUUCACCACUACAUUUACACUACAAGAUGUAUCCAAUGAUUUUGAAAUAAAUAUUGAAGUUUAUAGUUUGGUUCAAAAGAAAGAUCCUUCAGGUCUUGAUAAGAAGAAAAAACCGUCUAAAUCCAAGGCUAUUACUCCAAAGCGACUCCUCACAUCUAUGACCACAAAAAGCAGCAUUCAUUCUUCAGUUAUGGCCAGCCCAGGAGGUCUCCAUGCUGUGCGUACCAGCAACUUUACCCUUGUUGGAUCUUACACACUGUCGUUGUCUUCCGUAGGAAACACUAAAUUUGCCCUUGACAAGAUAAAUUAUGAUCUAAAAGAGCGAGAGCUACUGGGCUAUUUGUUCCAGGAAAAGGUGCCCUUUUUAUCUCCUUUGGAGGGUCAUAUUUAUUUAAAAAUAAAGUGUCAAGUGAAUUCAAAUGUUGAGGAAAGAGGUUUUCUAACUAUAUUUGAAGAUGUUAGUGGUUUUGGUGCCUGGCACCGAAGAUGGUGUAUCCUUUCUGGAAACUGUAUCUCUUACUGGACUUACCCAGAUGAUGAGAAACGAAAGAAUCCCAUAGGAAGGAUAAAUCUGGCCAAUUGUACCAGUCGUCAAAUAGAACCAGCCAACAGAGAAUUUUGUGCAAGACGCAACACUUUUGAAUUAAUUACUGUCCGACCACAAAGAGAAGAUGAUCGAGAGACUCUUGUCAGCCAGUGCAGGGAUACACUCUGUGUCACCAAGAACUGGCUGUCUGCAGAUACUAAGGAAGAGCGGGACCUCUGGAUGCAAAAACUCAAUCAGGUUCUUGUUGAUAUUCGCCUCUGGCAACCUGAUGCAUGCUACAAACCUAUUGGAAAGCCUUAAACCAGGGGAUAUUUCCGUGCCACAUAGUGGUUUUUUUUUUUUUUUUUUUUUUUUUUUUUUUGAGCAGUGUCAUAAAAGUAUCUUAAGGAAACACACUUAAGAACAUUAGAUUUGCUGAUUGAAUGCUUUAAAUAUGAAAGGGUUUGUGCAAAUAUUCACUACAUAUGCAGUAUUUAUAUGUUUUGUGUAUAAAACUUCAUUUGGUUUCUGUCAUUCAUAAAUGAUUAGAAGUAAAUUCCUUAUAGUUGAUUUUGCUAAAUAGUAUUUAAAAGUCUCAUUUUCCUAGAAAUCUAAUUAUUUAGUUAUUCAUGACAAAAUAUUUUUUUAAAAAUAAGAAAUUCUGAGUUAUCUGCUUGGAGUUCUUGGUGUCGCAGUAGCAAGGUCUUACAGAAGUUGGAGAUAGAAACCUCAGGUUGGUGAUCCCUUCUCUGGCCUUGAUAGUUUUUUCUGAAGUUUAUGAUCAUUUCUUGAUUGUGAUUAUGACCUGUUAUCAGAGUACUGAAAAAAAUGUCUGGGACUUCAUAGAAACAUUUUAGUAAUGGAUAUGAGGACUUUUUCAAAUAGCAAAUGUAUUGUUUAAAGCUUAAAGCUGCCUUCAAAAAAGAGAUGUAGACAGGGUACAUCGUGUAAAAUUUUGGGACUGAAUAUUUUAUAUAGGAGAGUUAAUAAUCACAUGGUUUACAUUUAUUCAGUUAUGAUGUAUGCAGUGUGGUGCACAUUUUCAUAGAAUUCAGGCUUUACUGAAAUAACUUUUUUGGCCGUAUAGCUUAUAGAUUCCUCAAAUGUUAGAAUUCUAUCUGCUUCUGUAACAAGAACAAAUGUAAAUUGAAGAAUCUUUAAAGCUGC